AUGGAGUAUGCACUUCAAGAGAUGUAUCCAGGUGAGAAAGGGAUUGUUGCAGUUUUGUUCUUAAAAAAUGCCGUAUAUGCUUUGUAUGAAGAAUAUAAGAAAAAAUUGGCACCUCAAGGUGAAGUAAGAGAGCAGUCUCAAGUGUUUACUCCACUUUUUGUGGAGAAUGUCGAGAAGGAAAAAUCUAGUAGACCAAACUUGCUUAGUUCUCGUUUCAAAAAGUAUAAGUAUGCUAGUGGUAGUGGGUCCACAACUAUGCUUUCAGAAUGGGAUAAGUAUUUAAGUGAAGUGUGUGAGAAGGAAACUGAUGACUUUGACAUUUUGAAUUGGUGGAAAGUUAAUUGUCAUCGGUUUUAUAUUCUAUCUUCUAUGGCUCGGGAUGUGUUGGCAAUUCUAGUUUCUACCAUUGUGUCCGAGUCUGCCUUUAGCACAUGGGGUCAAGUACUUGAUCCAUUUAGGAGUUCUCUUUCUCCUAAAGUGGUUGAAAUUCUGAUUUGUACGCAAGAUUGGCUUCAGUCAUCUACCACCCCAAUGAGCGUUGAAGAAGAUUUGGAUCAUGUAUUUGGGGUAGUGUUGAGAGGAUUUGAGAGCGGGGUUUUGAUCCUUGCUUCGUGGGCAACAUUUCUGGAGUGUUUGGUGGCCAACAGAGCAGCGAAGAAGGAGGAUUGGGCACUCAUCGAAAAAUCGCGACUUUGCCAGAGCCGCACCUUUAAACGCAAAAUCGAGAUGGUGAAGACUCAAAGAAUCACGAACCUCAAAGAACGAAAUGAUGAAAGUGGUAGUAGCAGUCAUCGAGAUCUUAGAGGGCGUGCUGACACAUGUAUCGAGGAACGAGCAGCCAAGGCGCACCCCCAUAUGCUGGAUCAGUAUCGUCAGCAAAGACCCCCGGUGUUUAGAGGAAAAACGGGAGAUGACCCUAGUGCAGCUGAGUACUGGAUGGAGCAAACCAAGAAGCUACUCCAGCAUUUGCAAUGUGGUGAUGAGGAGAAGGUCAACUGUGCCACAUUCAUGCUAGAAGAAGAAGUUGGAAGAUGGUGGCAAUCAACUAAGCGGGCACUGCAAAGGACACCCAGCUGUAAGGAAGAGAAGACUUGGGAAUUCAUGAAGUUGAGGCAGACUGAUGAGAUGUCAGUAACUCAAUAUGAUGUCAAGUUUACCCAACUAAUUAGAUUCCUGCCUAUGUAUGAAGCCGAUGAGUGGCAGAAGACACAAAAAUUUGUGGGUGGAUUAAAGGUGGGUCUACAACAAGCUCUUAGCUCAUGUACCAUUAGCACUUACAACGAGGCGCUGGACAGGGCUCUGACCACCGAGAUGAACCUAUUGCGUGCAGGACUGAUAAGAUCUGAUGAAAAGAAAAGAGAUUCGAAAGGCACGGAGCAUAAGUCAGGUGGGAAAAAUUUCAAAGAUAGCAAACUGUGUCCUCGAUGCAAUAAAGAACACCCAGGAAGAAAUUGUUCUCAAGGGUACAUUACGUGUUUUUCAUGCGGCGGAAAAUGA